AUGUCAGGAAUAAACCAGCUGGUUGCAACCUGCUGGACUUGCCUCCUGCUCACUGCUUUCCUGUGUGAGCCUGUGCUGUCCAAGGGCGGUCGUGGAGGCUCCCGGGGCUCCUCUCGGGGUUCCUCCUCCCGCAGCUCCACAGCGGGGAAUUACAGGGGCGGGGGCGCUUACGGUGGGACGCGCUCCCGCUACAGGGCGGCAGGGCGGUCGUCCCCAGUGAGGGUCGCAGCAGCAGCAGCAGCAGGGGCAGCGGUGGCUUUAUCAGCCGAUAAAUGGUACGCCUCUGCUUACCGCCGCAGCAAAGCUGAUACCUCAGAGGAGGAGCUGGAUUUCUUCAACAGGACCAAUUACUUUGAUGCACUAAUGUCUGGCUCCACUCAAAAUGGAUCUUCUCUCGCUCAACUGGUUUCUAUCAUUAUUGCAACAUUUUCCCCAAAGUUUGGACUCUUAUUGGACAGUUUACUGUAG